AGACGGACGAGAUCAUCUGUAAUUGUAAAGCUUGCACCGGAUGCGUAUUAAACACAUGGGGGGCAAGCAGACGUAAACGCGCCCGUAUUUGGCGCACCGUCCAGAAUCCGUAAUUAGCGGUUUAAACGGCCAAAAGAUAGGUGAUUUUUAAACGCCACACUGUCGUGAGCAGGAAAAAAAAAAAACUAAAAAAAAUAUUUUUGUUCAUCGCGAGAGGCGCCCUGUUUUGUGAUGGUAUAGAGUCUAUAGGUCGGGAUACGAUACGAAAGUAAACGCUCGAUUUUGGUCUUCCUGAUCGCUUUCCAGAACCUACAUUUUACGGAUCUGAUCAGACUUUUUAAAAUUUUUGUUUCGAAUUUUGGAAUCCGUUGAUUUUGUUGAAUUCGAUGCCACAGAUUUCGUGAUUGAUGUUGUUUGGAUUUCAUCUGAGCUGCAUUUGAUCCAUUUUGUUCGAGUUAGGUAGGAUGAAUGCGUGAUUCGGUUUUCAGCAUUACGAGGAUCGGAUCGGGGAGGGAACGUGCCGUCUCGUUGCUUAAUGCCGAGCUUUGAUUGCCAUUUGUGUGUAUAGCUGGUUCGAUUACGUUUAUUUGAUCGGUUUUUGACCGGGACAUUUGGCAGUUUUCGUGUUCAUUCCGAUUUGGAUUUUGGAGGGAAGGUUACGCAUCUGACUUUGAAUUUUUUUAGUCUUUAAAUUUGUAUAAUGGAUCCGUUAUCGGCGAUCAGUGAAGAGCUAGCAGAGAUCGACGGACAAAUCGCCGACGUUUUUCGCGCACUAUCAACUGGGUUCCAGAAAUUGGACAAGAUUAAAGAUGUUAAUAGGCAGAGCCGGCAGUUGGAGGAGCUUACGGGGAAGAUGCGGGAGUGCAAGAGGCUUAUCAAGGAGUUUGACAGAGAAGUGAAGAAUAUGGAAAUUAGAAAUGAUCCUGACACCAACAAAAUGCUGAAUGAGAAAAAACAAUCAAUGGUCAAAGAGUUGAAUUCGUAUGUUGCCCUUAAGAAGCAGCAUGCAGCUAAUCUCGAAAGCAACAAGCGAGUUGAUCUCUUUGAUCAAGGACCUAAUGAAGGAUUUGCAGAAGAAAAUGUGUUGCUGGCUUCAUCUAUGACAAAUCAACAGUUAAUCGAUAAUGGAAACAGGAUGAUGGAUGAAACCGAUCAAGCAAUUGACAGAGCAAAAAAGGUUGUGCACGAGACAAUUGAUGUUGGAACAGAGACAGCGGCAGCUCUGAAGGCACAGACAGAACAAAUGAGUAGAAUUGUUAAUGAGCUGGACUCUAUCCACUUCUCAAUGAAGAAAGCUUCGAAACUAGUAAAGGAAAUUGGUAGGCAGGUUGCAACUGACAAGUGCAUUAUGGCAUUGCUAUUCCUUAUUGUCAUUGGAGUUAUAGCCAUUAUUAUUGUGAAGCUUGUAAACCCGAACAACAAGGGCAUUAGGGAUAUUCCAGGAUUAGCCCCACCUGUGAUGAAUCGAAGAUUACUCUGGAAUGCUAAUUAAAGAGCAAGGACGUGGACCAUCUCACAAGGUUUCAGGAUGGUCAGAAAUCUAAGUUGAUCACAUGGUACCCUGUGUUACAGCGCCAAGUCUGUUCAGCGGAUUAACUCAAUUUUUCAGAAGAGCAGCUCGGGUGGCUUUACUAAGUCUAUUGAAUAUAUUCUUUUAACAACUUUUGUAUGGUUAAUUCUGUUUCCUUGACUAAGAGAUCAACCCACUUUAAGUUGGGAAAAUAGAGUGUGUUAGGUUCAUCUCGUGUAAUUAAUUACAUUAAACGUUUAUUAUUAUUUUCAGGCUGAAAUUUGAUGGAAAUUGAUUACUUUUAUUUGCC